UGACGCUCCUGAGUUUUCCCUCCUCGUUGACGAAGCUAAAUGUUUAGCUAAAGAUACUUUUAUCUUCGUACAUUUUGGACUCCAGAGCUCUAACAUUACGGGAGAAAGGUCCACAAACAACCGAACAUCCAUCACAUCGUUGUGAAAGACGACCUAUGCGGGCCUGCUAGCAGGACAAGAUGUUCAACAAGUCUUUUGGUACUCCCUUCGGGGGAGGGACGGGGGGCUUCGGCGCCGCAUCCACCUUCGGACAGCAAAACGCGGGUUUUGGGACGACGGGAGGCUUUGGGACGUCAGCGUUCGGGGCGGCCGCCAACACUGGAGGACUGUUCGGUCCCGCUCAGGCUAAACCUGCAGGUGGUCUUUUUGGAGCUAGCACCUUCAGCCAGCCUCCAGCUUCCUCCGCUGCCACAGGUUUUGGGUUCGGAGCAGCGGCCGCCGGCGGCACCGCCACGAGCCUGUUCGGAAACACCGGCACGGGAACCACCGGAGGACUCUUCUCUCAGCCGAGCAAUGCCUUCGGGGCCAGCAAACCCACCUCGUUCGGAAAAGUCUCCCUCCCAUCGUGUCCUCCAGGCUUUGGGACCAGCGCCGCCAGUGGAGGGCUGUUCGGGUCCACAGCCGCCGCCGCCUCCAAUCCCUUCGGAGGGAGCGCCGUGUCCUCUCUGUUCGGGGGGGCGGGCUUCACCGCCGCUCAGCAGCAGCCGGGAACCACCGUCAAGUUCAACCCUCCGACAGGAACUGACACGAUGGUGAAGGCCGGCGUGACGACGAGCAUCAACACCAAGCACCAGUGCAUCACGGCCAUGAAGGAGUACGAGAACAAAUCCCUGGAGGAGCUGCGUUUCGAGGACUACUCGGCGGGCAGGAAGGGACCCAGCAACCCGAUGGCAGCGCCGACGGGCGGUUUGUUCGGGACGCCGGCCGCCGCCGCGCCCAGCGCCGCCACCGGGCUGUUCGGAGCCGCCGCCGCUAACACAAACUUCUCCUUCGGACAGAACAAGAGCACCUUCGGAGCCACACCGGCUGCCGGGGGGUUCGGAGCGACGGCCGGCGGUCUGUUCGGGCAGCAGCAGGCGGCUCAGCAGCAGCAGCAACAACAGCAGCAACAACAACAACAACAGCAGCAGCAGGCGCAGCAGGCGGCAGCGGCCAGUAGCCUCUUCAAACCCUUCGGAGCGACCACCACCACCCAGAGCUCCGGAUUCUCCUUCGGAAACACCAACACCAUGGGCCAGGCCAACACCAGCAGCAUCGGUCUCUUUGGGAACACGGCGGCUCCUCAGCCCACCGGCUUGUUCGGCGCCGCUCAGCCCAGCGCCGCGGCCACCGGCUUCGGGGCGGCCACCGGACUCUUCGGACAAACCAACACCGGGUUCGGGAACGUCGGCACACAGCAGAGUUUAUUUGGUAAUAAGACGGCAGGGUUCGGCACCACCACCACCAGCGCUCCGUCCUUCGGCACCGGCACCGGGCUGUUCGGAAACAAACCAGCUCUCACGCUGGGGGCGGGAACCAACACCUCCACUUUCGGGUUCGGUGCCAACCCGGCUGCUGGGGGUCUGUUUGGGAACAAACCGGCCACCGGAGGACUGGGAGCUGCUCUGGGAACCAGCUUCGGAGCAGCAGUGCCAGGACAGACGUCUCUGUUCGGGAACACUCAGGGUAAACUGGGCACCACUCUGGGAACGAUGGGAGCGUUCGGAGCGUCGGCGUUCAACACCGGAGCGACUUCGAUGGGCUUCGGAGCGCCACAGCAGGCAGUUGCGCUGACGGACCCCAGCGGCGCGGCGGCCCAGCAUGCAUUGCUGCAGCAGCAGCUCAGUGUUCUGGCGUAUUCUCCGUACGGAGACUCUCCUCUGUUCAGAAACCCGCUGUCAGACCCCAAGAAGAAGGAGGAGCGUCUGAAACCGACCAAUCCCACGGCCCAGAAGGCUCUGACCACGCCCACUCACUACAAGCUCACCCCCCGUCCGGCGACACGCGUCCGGCCCAAAGCUUUGGGUUCUUCGGGGGCUUCAAAGUCUCAGCUGUUCGACGGGCUGGACGACGACGAGCCGUCGCUCACAAACGGGGCGUUCGUUCCCAGGAAGAGCAUCAAGAAGCUGGUCCUGAAGAACCUGAACAGCAGUCAGUACAGCAGCCCUCUGAGCAAGGAGAUCGAUGACCUGGCCUCGCCCCCAGAGUACCCUCACAACGGGCACAGCAGUCAUGUGGAGGACGAGGAGGAGAUGGCGGGUGUCAGCAGUCGAACAGAAGAGGAUCCAGAAGUGUCUCAGUUCUACGUGAACCCGAUCUCUAAGCCGGUCGCUUUCAGCCCCCCCACGGUGCUGCAGGACACCAUCAGCGAGCUCAACAUGCACAAAGCCGCGCGCAACGGCCUGGAGGUGAGCAGCGAUGAUAUCUCAGCGUCUCUGUGUGAGGAGUCUCUGCAGGAGGAACAAGAGGAAGAGCAGCUGGAGCAGCAGCCUCCUCACCCUGCAGGCAUCGUUCUGAACCGCGUUGGUUACUACACCAUUCCCUCCAUGGAGGACCUGGCUGAGAUGGUGGAUGGAAACGGAGACUGUUUGGUGGAGAACUUCACCGUGGGAAGGAAAGGCUACGGCUCCAUCUUCUUCCCCGGAGAGGUGAACGCAUCGGGGCUGAACCUGGACGACAUCGUGCACUUCAGACGCAAAGAGGUCAUCGUUUACCCCGACGACAAGAACAAGCCCCCAGAGGGGGAGGGGCUUAACAGGAAGGCGGAGGUGACUCUGGACGGCGUCUGGCCCAACGAUAAGACGUCGUGCGCUCAGAUCCGCAGCCCGGAGCGUCUGACGGAGAUGAACUACGAGGGCCGGCUGGAGAAGGCCUCGCGCAGGCAGGGGGCCCGCUUCCUGGAGUAUAGGACGGAGACCGGGUCCUGGGUGUUCGAGGUCGCCCACUUCUCAAAGUACGGCCUGCAGGACUCUGACGAAGAGGAGGAAGUGCCGCUCAAAUCUGACCCCAAGAAGCUGAAGACGAUGUCACUUCCUGCCUCGCGUCUGCAGAAGCUGCUCCCCCCCGCCCAGCAGCAGUCCCCCGCGGUGUCAGACCUCCCGGAGCUGGACAGCGUCAUGGCCGACAUCACGACAGAGAGCAUGCUGGGAGGUGAUGAAGACGAGGAACUGCCGAAGGGGAAGAAGACGACGGAGGAGACGAUCGACGAUUCGAUUCCCAACGAGCACGAAGUGAUGUCAUCAUCCAGCUGCAUGAUGUCCUCGCUGGGCAUCAACCCACACACCCUGCAGAUCAUGAAGGCCUCUCUUUUCGCUGAAGAUGAGGAGGACAUGUUCCAGGAGCCGCCGGCGGUGAUGAAGAGCUCCGAGGUCUCUUCUCCUCGCAUCGUGCUGCCUCAGAGCAGAACGUCAGUGGGGGGUCUCCUUCAGGCUCGUUUCUCCUCCGGUCUGUUCUCUCUCCCUGACUCGCCCCGCCCCCCUCCCCCUGCCUCCUCAGAGCCCCCCCGCUGGGCCGGCUCCUCUAGCUUCCUGUUGCCCCAGCGCCCCCCCGAGCCCUCCGUCAGGACCGUGGGGGUCCGGAGGCUCGGGGGCCCCGUGCCCCUCAAAGACUCCAUCACUCAGGGGAAGGGGUCUCUGCUGAUGGACGCUGCGCUCUUCAGAGGGCGCUCCUUCAGAGUGGGCUGGGGGCCCGGCUGGACUCUGGUUCACUCAGGAGAGAGGGUCAGCUCCGAGGAGAAGAACACCAACAACUUCACAAAGAAUGAGUUCAGCUUCCUGCCAUCAGCCAGGAGCAGACCGUUGAUGGAGAGCUGCUAUAAGGUGGUUGUUGAGCAGCUGGAGGUGAAGGAUCAGGAUCAGGAGGAUAAUGAUGAUGAUGUGCAGCGCCCCCUAGAGAUCAGUCUGAUGAACAGCAGCGUGGAGACCCCCUCUGGCUCGCCCUGCCCCCUGGUGACCCCCCGCCCCGGGGUGGAGGCGCUACACCAGUACUCCGACUGGAUCAGAGAGCUGAGCAGCAGGGGGGCCGCUGAGCCGCUGCUGGGCCCCUGGUCGGAGGUCUGGAGCCUCCUCGAGGCCCUGUGGGGUCGACUGGGCUCCGAACAGGAAGACAUCAGCGAGUACGAGCAGCAGAUCCAGAGGAGGAACACCUUCUCCUCCUGGCUGUCCCGGGGAGCCUCCUCUCGCGUGGAGGAGGAGGUGGCGCUCGCUGGGAAACACCGACACAUCGACGCCAUCUUCAGCCUCCUCACAGGGAACCAGAUCAGUGAAGCCUGCUGUCUCGCUCAGAGUCAAGGAGACCACUGUCUCUCGCUCCUCCUCUCCCAGGCGGGGGGGUCUCAGGACUGCAGAGAGCUGCUGUUUCUGCAGCUGAACGACUGGAGGAGCCUUCAGACAGACAGCUACGUUGCUGAGGAGAGACUGAAGAUAUACACCCUGCUGUCAGGGAGAGGGGUGUGGCAGUCGUCUGAUUCGUCAGUGAACGUGUUCUCUGAGUUGGAUUGGAAGCGGUGUAUCGGGGUCUCUCUCUGGUUCUUGCUCCCUCCCACCUCCUCCGUGGCCGACGCUCUGUCCGGAUACGAGACUGCCUUCCAGGGCUCCUGUGAGGGGGGGAAGUACGCCGUGGCCCCCCUGCCCCCCUACCUGGAGGAAGAGGAGCCUCACCUGGAGGAGGAGGAAGAGGAGGAAACCAAACGCCCUCUGCACGACCUCUGCUUCCACCUGCUGAAGCUCUACAGCGACAG